GUGCACCACCCCUACGGCCGAUAGUGCCCCACACAUACAGACUCGCCGUGAACGCGGUGCCUCCACCCGGAUUUGUGGUUGCAGGGGAGACUGGUCAAUGGUCAUGGCGGGGUUUCGAACUGGAGACAUCGCCGCCUUCCAGACCAUCGAGGUGACAGCUGACGGCACCAGGACCCUCGCUUACCCCGUGGACGAGGAGGGCAAGAGAGAGGACAUUGAAUUCAGCCAUGAGGCAACAGUGUUGCUGAUUAAUGGGAUCCGAAGGCGCUACCGAGAGCUGUCCACCAACCACCGGUCCCGCCACCAAAUCUACCGAGACCUGCACGAUGAGUUCACCAAGCACGGCUACAACUAUUCAGUGGAGAGGAUCCGCCGCAAGUGGAACAAUCUGUUGGGAACAUACAAGAGAUUAAAAAGGGAUACCAAUCCCGGAAAGAUGCCAUGGGAGUAUUUAGAUAUGAUGAAUGAGUUUCUUCCUGAAGAUCCCUCCUUCACCACAAACACAGGAGCACUGCCGCUGAACUUAUGUCUGUCCACUCCCAGCCAAAGUUCUCAGGAGCCACCGACUACCUCUUCUGCAACUUGUACAAAUGACACAUCAUCAGUGAAAGUGCAUGUGCUUCCCCCUAGUGUUGGUAAGGACAUUGAACUUGGAGUGAAGAGACAAAACCUGAUGGAAAAAUACAUGGACCAAGUGAAAGAAAAGGACAAGUUUGAGAUGGAAUAUAAAAAACGCAAAGAGAGAAGAGAACGUUUGAAAAUUAGAGCACUGAGGAAAAUUGGCCAGGAGUUAAAUAAUAUUGCUGUGACACAGUGUGAAAUCUUGAAAAGGCAAGAUCAGAUACUGGCUGCCUUACAGUCAUAAGAACAGCAACUACAGUAAUGUGUGAAUGUUGGUUUGUCAAUAAAUUUUUAUAGAAAUAUAUAUUUGUUGUAUGAAACUGCAUUUUAUGAUGUGAAAGAAGAAUGCAGCCAGACUUGGUAAUUUAGACAGUAUUAUGAUAACCAAGCCUGCCACUGUGGUGAUGGUGUAAUGGAACAUUAAUCACUGUUAGGGGAUAAGCUUUUAAAGUCAAUGGUAGAGGAAGACUGUAAAGCUUAGGUGAUCUGGAAUGGCAACAAAUUGAUGAAAAAAUGUAAAGAAGAGGUUGUCAUUCUGAAAAGAGGCAAGAUAACAGGUGUGAAUGUGA